GGGAGGAGGCGGUCCCCUCCUCCAGCUCUGAUCCCCAGCCCUCUCUCGGCUCUUCUCGGAAACUUUCCCGUGCGUCUGCUGGGGCUGCCGCUACAGCCGCCGGGCGGGCCCCAGGGCGGCCACUGCGGAGCCAUGAACCGGCUGGCCAAGCGCGGGAGCGAGACGCUCAUCGAGAUGGUGGCCACAGAUGAUGAUAUUGCCGUUCUCACCAAGUUCAAGUCCACAAAUCCGGAAGGAGAAGAAUCCAAUGGACCUCUGUAUGAAUCGAAUUCCAAUGCAGGAUCUGAACUCCCAGGCAGCUCUGAGGGUCUAAGCAGCACUGAGACUACCUUGCUCAUCUCUGAUCAUCAAGGGACAGCAAAGAGAUUUAACCUGUUCCUGCGGCGGCGUCUCAUGUUUGACAAGCGCCAGCAAAGCAAGGAUUCUAUUUUCUUCUGUGAUGGGAUAAGGCGGAUUGAUUAUGUACUUUCCUAUAUUGAUGAUUCAAAGCAGGAAGGUGACAAAAAGACGGAAAGAAGAAAGGAAUUUGAAAAUAACCUCUUAAAAUCUGGCCUGGAAUUAGAAACAGAAGACAAAAAGGACUCUGAGGAUGGCCGAACUUACUUCAUCAAGAUCCAUGCCCCUUGGGAGGUGCUGACCACGUAUGCAGAGGUGCUGAAUAUAAAGAUGCCCAUUCAGGAGAAUGACAUUCCCUCAUCCAUGGAGAAUCCCUUUGAGUGUAUGUUUGGGCUUUUCCGGCUCCCGAAGGAAGUGAUGAACCCUGAGCCAGACUACUUCACAGCUCCAUUCAGCAAGGAGAGGCAGGAGCUCUUCUUCAUUCAAGAUGAGAACACCUUUUUCUCACCAUCAGUGAGAAAUAGAAUUGUUUACUAUAUUCUCUCAAGAUGCCCUUAUGGUACAGAAGAAGGAAAGAAAAAAUUUGGCAUUAAGAGACUGCUAUCCAAUGGCACCUAUACAGCUGCUUACCCACUCCAUGAUUGCCAAUAUUGGAAGAAAUCGAAGGAUCAAAACUGUGGCAAUGAGCGGUAUACCCUCUAUACCCAAUGGGCUCGCUUCUUGAGGUUUUAUAAGGAGCAGCCUUUAGAUCUGAUCAGGAGAUAUUAUGGAGAGAGGAUUGGCAUCUAUUUUGCCUGGCUGGGAUUCUAUACGGAGAUGUUGUUCUUGGCAGCAGUUGUUGGCCUAAUCUGUUUUAUUUAUGGUUUGUUAACGAUGACUGGCAACAUGAGUAGCAUAGAAAUCUGCGAUGUAUCUAUUGGAGGAGAGAUCAUCAUGUGCCCUCUCUGUGAUAAAAUCUGUGAAUAUUGGAGAUUGAAUACCACGUGUGAAUCCUCAAGGUAUUCGCACUUGUUUGAUAAUGUGGCCACCCUAUUUUUUGCAAUAUUCAUGGGAAUUUGGGUAACCCUGUUCCUGGAGUUUUGGAAACGGCGCCAAGCCCGACUGGAGUAUGAAUGGGACUUGGUGGACUUCGAGGAAGAGCAGCAACAGCUCCAGCUGAGACCUGAAUAUGAAGCCAAGUGUACUAAAAAGAAAAAGAACCCUGUGACUCAGGAGCUGGAGCCUUACUUGCCCAUAACUAAUCAGGCGCUGCGGUUCUGUUUCUCAGGAGCUACCGUGUUGUUCUGGAUCUCCCUCAUCAUAGCAAGUAUGAUAGCAGUGAUUGUGUACCGCCUGUCGGUCUACGCAGCAUUCGCAAGCUUGAUGAAGGAUACAGAAAGCCUCCAACCCAUCAGCAGCCUGCUGACACCCCAGUUGGCCACAUCAGUCACUGCAUCGUGUUUGAACUUUGUCAUCAUCAUGAUCCUGAAUUUCUUGUAUGAGAGGAUUGCCAUCUGGAUCACAGAUAUGGAAAUUCCUCGAACCCACCUGGAGUAUGAGAACAGGCUCACAAUGAAAAUGUUCCUGUUUCAAUUCGUCAACUAUUACUCGUCAUGUUUUUAUGUGGCGUUCUUUAAAGGGAAGUUUGUGGGAUACCCAGGAGGCUAUACAUACAUGUUCAACAAAUGGAGGAAUGAAGAGUGUGAUCCAGCAGGCUGCCUCAUAGAACUGACAACACAGCUCACCAUCAUCAUGGCUGGAAAGCAGAUCUGGGGCAACAUCCAGGAAGCCAUUCUGCCUUGGGUUUGGAACUGGUGGAGACGCCGGAGGGCAAGGACCAACUCUGAGAAACUGUACAGUCGAUGGGAACAGGAUUAUGCCCUUCAGAGUUUUGGGCCCCUGGGGCUGUUCUAUGAGUACUUAGAAAUGGUCAUCCAGUUUGGCUUCAUCACGCUGUUUGUGGCUUCCUUUCCUUUGGCUCCUCUUCUUGCCCUUAUGAACAACAUUUUAGAAAUCCGAGUUGACUCUUGGAAACUGACCACCCAGUACAGGAGGCCUGUGGCUGCAAAGGCCCAUAGCAUAGGAGUGUGGCAAGAAAUUCUCAAUGGCAUGGCUGUUCUGUCUGUUGUUACUAAUGCCUUCAUUGUUGCCUUCACGUCGGACAUGAUUCCCCGGCUAGUUUACUACUAUGCCUACUCAACUGACAACAAUUCCCCCAUGUCUGGAUACAUUAACAACAGCCUUUCAGUGUUCCAGAUCUCUGAUUUUCCAAAAGAACCUGGGGCAAACCCGGGUAACUACACCACUUGCAGGUAUAGAGAUUACCGCUAUCCCCCCGACCAUGAAAAGAAAUAUUUACACACUAUGCAGUUCUGGCACAUCCUUGCAGCCAAGAUGGCCUUCAUCAUUAUUAUGGAACACAUUGUUUUUCUUGUCAAAUUCUUUGUGGCCUGGAUGAUCCCUGAUGUCCCAUCAGAGGUGAAAGCCCGAAUCAAACGGGAAAAGUACCUGACCAUCCAAAUCCUCCAUGAGUAUGAGCUCAACAAACUCAAGGAGAUCCUGUGCAAUAGGACAGAUUAUCAAGUGGAGAAGGAAGUUAUCGCCACAGAAGGGAAAAGGGAGCUGGCCCAGGCUAUGGGAUAGCCAAGGAAUCCAAAUGAUGCCUGGCAGCCUGACUUGCCUCAAUUCUCUGGGACAUGGCUUUGGGCCAGGAACCAGAUAUGCAUUUUGGUCCUUCAUUUUUUUACCCAAAGAUUUUUAAACUCUCAUAGGAGUCACUGGUCCCAAGCUUUGCCAUAUUGGAAACCCGUUGUAACUUCACGGUGCCGGCUCUCAUCACGUGCUAUUUUAUGGAUCUCUAUGUAUAACUGUUCAAGUGUGUGUCCAGAAUCCCAUUAUUAGAAGAUCAUGGAGUGUUGCUGCUUAAUUUUCAUGGUAAGGCAACAUUGGCAUGUUGUCAAAAGCUUCCGUCCUUGAGAAUCUUUUGUACAUCUUGGUUUAAGUCUUCCCAUCGAGUGAUUUUAAGACAAAAAAUAGAACCGAAAAGACUGUCUACCAAAGCAUGCACAUAAAGAAACACAUGCACAUACAUACACACAGACACAUGCAAACACACACAGACACAUACAUAAAAUAAAACAGCAUCAAAAAAAUAAGAAGACUAAAUCAGGGAAAACAUGAUUUUUUGGGGCCCAGUGCUUAAAUUUGAUGAAUUAAAUGUCCAUUAAAAUCCAGGAGGGCUGGCCUUCCAGGAAAUUUCAGAAUUAUUCUUCCCAAAGGCAGACUUCUUAAGCAUUACAAAGACCUAACCCACCCCAGUUCUUGAACGCUAUUGUCUCUAACCUGGGAAUCGGGCAUGCUUUGGUGUGUUGAAUUUCUGUGAGUCUUCACAAGUAUAAAAUGGGUUGUACAGAAGGUAAUAUCUUAUCUUACUAUUUAAAGAAAUCAAGACAAUGUAUAUUAAUGUAUCCGCUCUCUUUACAGUUAUGAAUUUGGUAGAAUUAUUCUUAUUGAAGUCUUGCCUUCUAGCAUGCUUCUCUCACCUCAUGGAGCCAUUUUUGCAUACUAUCAGACAGUAGCAUUAGCCAUGUGUAUCAGUUAGCCAUAAGCUGUUUAUGUGAAAGUGAUUUCAAGCCUUUGAAAAAUGAUUUCACAACUGUUUUCUAUGGCUAUAAUAGCCUGUACUGUGCUCAGUGCCUUUUUUUCUAUGUUUUUCAUACAUAUGAAAUGAAAGUGUUGGUCCUUGAGUAAAUACCCUGUAUUAUAUUUCAAACACAAGCCUGCAGACCUUGAGAAGUGAUCAACCUAACAAUGAAUGUCCUGUGUUGUCCAUGGAGGCAGAGUGAUUGUUAGACUUGUUAGAUGAAUCAGUAACAUACUUGUAUAUUCUUCCCAAAAUUAAGUGUAAGGUAUACCGUAUACACAUUAGUAGGUGUCCUUGAACCUAAAUCACACACAUAUGUGUGUAUGUUGGUAUGUGUGUGUGUAUAUACAUGUAUGUAUGUGUGUA